AUGGAUGAUGUGACAAAUGUCUUCACCUGCAGUUCGUCCGUGAGUGAUGAUGACGACCCUAUUAUCUUCGUAUGCAAUGGAGAAGUGAAUACUAACUGUUUAGAUGAUCUGAACGAAGACAGUUGUUUAAAAAAGGGUGCGUUACACGCCUUCUUUUUCUACAAGGACCAUCAACAACCGCGUACAAGUUCGACAAAUCAGUGUCAUGGAGGUGGUCAAUAUACCGGAUUUUUCCAUAAAAAAAGAGACCUUGUUGAUAAUACGGAUGCAGAAGUUGAUAUGGAUCACAGUGGAACGGAUGCUGACACUUUUAUGUCUUUGGAGUCUACAGAAGAAGACAACACCAAUUCUUCUCUUUGGCGAGUCUUGUAUGAUUUUAGGUUCCCUGUUGAUACUGCCCUGACGGAAUACGAGGAACCGCUGUUUUUGAUGACUCGUCAAUGGAUUAACUAUAUCGCCUCUAAUGCCGAACGUCAUGUCAACACGCUCCUUGGACAGUUGAACCCUUUCGAGAGCAGAGAACUUCUUCGACGAAGAAAACAAAUUAAAGUUUUCCUUAAUUUCGUCAACCAACAGAUUAACAACAAUAAUAAUUGUGAUCAUUUCGAAUUUCCGAAAGUUUCUGCUACUCAAUUCAACAAUUCUUGGAGCAGUUCCAUACAGGAGAAAGACGACAAAUCUGCAGUUUUUUUAAAGAACCUCUUAGUAAAUGUGCAGUCUCUUCUUCACAAUGUUGGCUUAUUGUCCGAUUUACCGAAACACUGUAUCCAAAGUGGGGUCAGUCGAUUAGGUAAUAACAGUACGAACAAGCGUUAUCAUUUGUUUCACCUUCAUCUGGACAUUUACUGGUCAGUGCUUGAACUUGUCUUUCUUGUACUCGACAAAUAUCCGAAAUUCGAUGUCAGUAUCAGCGAACUGAUCAAAAGUUUGCAGUGGUUAUCCUCGUCGUUGAAUUGUUUACGGGAGAAGCCGGUUGAUGAUCAAAUUGAACAAGACUUUUUCCAGUUUUUGGCCGAACUUGUAGUCCGUGAUCUGACCACUUUGGCAUGGCAUAGAUUCACUUCUUGUCUGGCCUACAACGAUUUUAACAAGGUGUCUCCAUUUCCUUGCACUUGUGUAAAAGAGAUGUGGAUCAUGCUCAUCCAGGUGAUGAGAUAUCGUCAACGAAACAGAGGAGGUCGAUCAUUUUGGUUUGCGCUAUAUCAGGUACUGAAUGACAUGUUUGAUGAUCCCAUGUUAAAAGACCGACGGGAUGGUUCAAUCCAGGAUCCUGAAAUAAGUUUCCGCUUUUGGAUGAUGUUUUCCCUUGCUCCACUUUACCAGUUUAAUGAUAUUGGAAAGAUUUUGACCAAGACGAAAUAUUUUGAUGCUAACUACGAUGAAAUUAUCAGCUUGGUCAAGAAAGUUGUGUCCAACAAUAACCAGGUGAACGAGGAAGAACUUCGUUACUAUCUGCAAGGAUGCCUACAGGUGUGUCAACUCUGGAAGCCAGACCUCACUUUAGUGAAUAUUCUCUGGAAUUAUUUCUUCCGAAAGCUAAAUAGCUCUUUCAAGGUUACAACUUUGACAGUCACAGGCCUUCAGACCCUUCGUCAUACAGCCAACGGAUUGUUUGAAGACUGUUGUAAUUGGCAAGCGCCAAAUCCAAGCCGAUCUGCUCUAUCUAAGGACAACAGUUUUCAUUUGUUUCUUCGUCUUGUCUGUUCUUUACUGAAGGAAACUAUGAAUGACGAAAAUCAUAGCAGCUGGCGUAACUUACGAGGCCGUUUCCUGUCCAAAUUUCAUCAGCGGGGCAUGCAAGAACUCACAGAAUCUGGUCUCACCUAUUUCACAGAGCUCUUCUUGACUCUUUCUCUCUGCACCCACGACGACCAACUUCUUGAGCAGCUUUGUGAUUUUUAUAACAUGAUUGACUUUUCUGUGACUGACUUCAAACGGCAGGGUGUCAUUUUGAGAGGCAUCUCUGCAGCCAUGUUCAUCUCCAUCAAGUGGAACAGAGAUAUUGAGUUUUUGGCAAAAAGAAUAAUACCAUUGGCUGGGUUGGUUACCAGGAAAUUUGUGUCAUUGGAGACAGAGCCAAAUAAAAGACAGAAGAUGUGGAACCUCCUGGCUGCGUACAUCGAAGAUCUGCAGGAUGUAAUGGAGCACAGCCCAAGUCUCAGCCUCUCCGAGCAUAAAUUGAUUACAAAAGAUCACAGUGCUAUCUUACCAGUUAGCCGUAACUACGAGAUGCGCCGUGUGAUUGUACUGUUUAAUACGAUAAUGACAAAACUGCUUAUGUUGAUAAAAACACAGCGAACUGAGGAAGGCGACAUGUAUAUUCCGAAUGACCAUCAUGAGCAAAUGGCUCAGGCAUUGUGGGUAAAUAUCUUUCCGUUUAUUGAAACACAUGCCAAAACCCAGACUGCUCUACCUGAGGUAGCGGAUCUUGCUACUCAGUUUUUCAUGCUUUCAGUUGCGCUCCCUGACUGGAGUCCUGCUUCAAAUAGCAUCCUCUUGAAAUUUACUUGCGAUCCCUUGGUCAAUAUGAAGGUAACCCUACGUUUCUUUGGUCAUAUCUUGGAUGAUCCAGCGACAAAAGAACAUAUUCUAGAUGAUUCUGCUAAGGCUUUUAAGGAUUCUGUUCAGCUCAAAUUAAUCCAGUGCUGGCUCAACUGCUGGCUUUUGUUAGGAUCAUCAUCAGCAUUUCAAGAACAGUUACGCUCGGUCACACAACAUGUUCUCUGCUUUCCGAGUGUUGCCCGAAUCUUUGGCCCCAUGGAUCCUGAUGCUGAUAUCUCUGAUGCCAUAGUUGAACUAUUCAAGAAAUUUAACAAAAUGCACAAUGAGGCUAAAGACUGGAAGACUAAAAUUGACCUCCGUGAGGAAGCAAAGUUGUAUUUCAGUGAGAUCAGUCGUUACAUCCAGUUGGUAUUAAAAGCCCCUUCCAACUCUGACCAGUUAUGCCACAUCUAUGAUGUCAUUGGUCAUCUGGUCAAGAAUUGUGCUCCUCUCCUCUUCAAUGCUCCUUGUUUGCCAGUGAUAAUCGACAGCCUUGUUUUCCCACAUUCUCUCUUUGUGCCUACAAAACCUCUCAAUCGUCUGGUGCAUACUUACCUCGUUUCCCCCUCAACCCAUCUAUCCCUCAAGAUAUCAGUCACUCGCUCACUUUGGUCAAAACCCAUCCUCUUAUCAAUGUUCUUACAGACCCUUCUCUAA